AUGCAUUUCACCGAGGAAGAAGCUGCGAACGUAAAGACUUGGGUGAUCAAGCGAUUGGAGGAUAUCUCCGAUGCUGAUUCCGACGUCUUGGCCGAUUAUGUUCUUGCACUUAUCCGAUCAGAUGCGCCAGACGAGGAAAUUCGUCAAGCGUCUAUUGAGAACUUGGAGGACUUUUUGAAAGAGAAUACUGUCCAAUUCGUCGACGAGAUCUUUGCUAAAUACGGACCCAAGACUCAACCUCCUGCACCCGCUGCCGCUGCCGCCCAACUAGCUCCAGCUCAGCCUACAACUCCUACUGCCCCCUUUCAACAAUCUACAGCUUACAACCCUACAGCCCAGGCUUUUGUACCACAGGCGGCUCCGGCUCCGGCUCAAGAUGCUUGGGGCAAUGCUCAAAACUCGCGCAAACGCACUUUUAACGAAGGCUUUCAGCAAGAUAAUCAACAGGGCGACUCGCAACGAGGCGGAAGGUCUUUCAAAGCUCCUCGGACGCGCCGUGGAGGUGUCGGACGCGGCGACCGUAUGAACGGCCGAGGAAGGGACGUUGCUCCUCUUCCUAACCAAUUUCAACAAGGCAUGCCCGGAUUUCCACCAAUGCCACCAGGUUUCCCUGGAUUUGAUCAGAAUGACCCCAUGGCUGCGAUGAUGGCUUUGCAAAGUAUGGGAUUCCCUCAGAUGCCGGGUAUGCCCCCGAUGCCAGUACCUGGUCAACCGGGCGCCGAUCAAGCAAAAUCGAACGAGCCUUGUCCGUUUUAUGAGACGAAUGGUAUUUGCUAUAUGGGAGCAGCGUGUCCAUAUAAACAUGGGCAAGGUCCUGUUACUGUUCCUUCUGGUAAUGAUGAAUAUGAUCCUUCGAAUGCUACCAUCUUCGAUGUACAAGGCAAGGAUGGCGCGAGGGGAUCAGACCGAGGACGUGGUCGGGGACGAGGUCGCGGUGAUCGUGGUGGUUUCUCAUCAAGAGGGCGAGGUGGACGUCCAGAGUUUGCGCAUGUCGGACCCAGCGAUGACAAAACAAACACCACGGUUGUUGUCGAAAACAUCCCCGAAGAUAAAUAUCAAGAGCAAGUCAUUCGCGACUACUUCUCCGAGUUUGGCAAUAUUUCCGAAGUCAAUAUGCAAGGGUUUAAGAAGAGUCUGGCAGUUAUCAAGUUCGAGGAUCACGAGGCCGCUCGUCGCGCUUGGUCAAGCCCCAAGGCUAUCUUUGAUAAUCGUUUCGUAAAGGUAUACUGGCAUAAGUCCCAUCACAAGCCUGAUUCAAACGGUCAAGCAGCCGGAGGAGAUCAAGACACGCCCAUGUUUGACAGAGAAGAGUUCGAGAAGCAACAAGCCGAGGCGCAGAAAUUGCACGAGGAGAGAAUGAAGAAACGCAAGGAGGCAGAAGAAGCUCGACUUGCGCUUGAAAAGCAACGUGAGGAACUCAUGAAAAAACAACAAGAAGAAAAGGCCAAGUUGCUGAAACGGCUGGGAGAAGGCUCGGGGACAUCGAAGGAAGCUGAAGAGAAUGGCUCCGCGGCAGCUGGUGAUGAGAGCGCUAGUGAACAGACCAAAGCCUUGCGUGCACAACUUGCAGCCUUGGAAGCUGAGGCUAAGACUCUGGGUAUUGACCCGGAGAGUGGCGCUCAAUCUUUCCGGGGACGUGGACGAGGACUUGGUGGUUAUCGUGGACGAGGACGUGGCUUUGAUCCUUCAUUCCGUGGUUCACAUAGAGGUUCUUUCCGUGGCCGUGGCGCUCCUCGUGGUGCUGGACGCGGUGGCGUCUUGCGACUAGACAACCGACCCAAGCGAGUUGCCAUUUCAGGCGUUGACUUGAACUCUGAAAAGGAUGAAGCUCUACGACAGUAUCUCAUUGGCGUUGGUGAAUAUGAAUCUAUUGAACCCAGCCCUGAGCAACCCAACUCUCUUGUCGUCACGUUCAAAGAGCGGUACCUCGCAGAAAAGCUCAUGUUCGGCCCAUCCGAAAUCCCAUCCGUAGGCAAAGUCGAGCUUUCAUGGGUCCCUAACCCUCCGAUCUCCACCCCUGCCAGCAGCGGCGCGUUUACUCCUGUCGGAAAUAAGGGCGAAGAUACCGCGAUGGAAAAUUCUGGUGAAGUCGACUAUGAUGUUGCAGAUGAUGAGGAUAGUUGGGGAAUUGGAUUGUAA